UAUAGGUCAACAACGUGGAACGUGUCAAAAUCACGCGAGAUGUAAUAUGGUGGUCAAGGGAGUUAAUAUUUCCUAUUUGUAACUAUUAAUAACAUUUUAUUUCAAUAUGUAUGCUAGCAGCGAGAAUUUGCCAGUGUUUGUCAGUAUGGCACUGGCAGGUGCAGGCUUUUUGGUCACUUAUACCAUCAUUCCCGCUUUCAGAGACAUGUUUUUAAAAGCCAAUCGCUAUGGGAUUGAUCAAAGCAAAAGGACCAAAGAAAAAAUACCAGAGUCCCAAGGAGUGCUGUGUGGUGCAGUCUACCUCAUCAUCAUGUUUUUGUUCAUCCCAGUUCCAUUCUACAAAUACUUGUCACAUGACAACUUGGAUAAGUUUCCCCAUCACGAGUUUGUAGAUUUCAUCACAGCACUGCUAUCCAUAUGCUGUAUGAUAUUCCUGGGUUUCGCAGACGACGUCUUAGACUUGAGGUGGCGCCACAAGCUGCUGCUGCCUACUAUGGCAACCUUACCGCUUCUUAUGGUGUAUUUUGUCAACAUAGACUCCACCACAAUUAUUGUUCCCAAGCCUCUACGGGGAGUUUUUGGACAUGAUGUGGAUCUAGGUGUAAUAUAUUACCUGUAUAUGGGGAUGCUAGCUGUCUUCUGUACCAAUGCUAUCAACAUACUGGCGGGAGUCAAUGGUUUAGAAUGUGGUCAGUCUCUGAUCAUUGCAAUCUCUGUAGUGGUGUUCAAUCUUUUAGAACUCAAUGGUCAAUUUGCUGACACGCACACAUUCUCUCUGUACUUCAUGUUGCCAUAUAUAGGUGUUUCCUCAGCUUUGCUAUUUUAUAAUUGGUAUCCCUCCAAAGUAUUUGUGGGAGACACAUUCUGUUAUUUCUCUGGGAUGACAUUUGCUGUUGUCGCCAUACUGGGUCACUUCAGCAAAACCAUGCUGCUAUUUUUCAUCCCACAAGUUUUAAACUUUCUCUACUCUAUGCCACAGAUUUUCCUUUUUGUUCCCUGUCCAAGACAUAGGUUGCCAAGGUACAAUGCCAGCACUGACCAAGUAGGCAUGAGUCUGUCCACUUUCAAAACCAAAGAACUUCACCCUCUGGGGUCACUAUUUCUGAAAACACUCAGCAUAUUUGGUCUGGUCCAUCUGAGGUCUGGGAUUGGGGAGGAUGGAGAAUACUCUGAAUGCAAUAAUCUGACCAUUAUAAACCUGAUGCUCAAGAUAUUUGGUCCUAUGCACGAAAGGAGUUUAGUAAUGUCACUGCUUAGUAUACAGAUACUUUGCAGUGGUGUGGCAUUUCUGAUCAGGUAUCCAUUAGCUUGGGUGUUCUAUGACAUUUGAAUCUUAUGCUAUUUCUCUUGCUACAGUUACAUAUUAAGAGCUUUCCAUCAUUGGGAAUAAAUAGUUAUGAAGAAGCUGAAGCUCUGUAUUAAUAGAUGUGAAGAUACUCUUUGUUAGAUGGCUUCAAUAAACUAGGUCAGCAGGCUAUUCCACUUAGGAUUGUUUUUUUAUGGGUGUGCCCAGUUCUGCAGUAGUAUCAUUUACCAACCUGGGGAGUAAUCAACCAAGACAGCUGCAAUCUGCUUUUUAAGUUAUUGUUAUUUUAUUUUUAGUCAUUAAUUAUUAUUAUUGAUGCUCAUUGUACUGUGCUUGUUUUUUUAAGCACUGACUUUCUGGUCAAAUUUUGAAUUGGUGAAAUGUGAGAGGUUUUUGGUGGAUUUUGUUGAACUGGCCUAAAAAAAAAGCUAAGGUCAGUUUCCUGGCCUAGUUGACUACUCAGAGGAUUUCCAUGAAAGUAAUGUUACACUGUUCCUGAUAGGGUAAGAUGUGUGCUUGGGGCCAUGUAACUAUGGUAGUUAAAGUUCUUAGCCAGGAAACCUGUGAAACUGGGACCUGGAUGAGUGUCAAGAGUCCAGGACUAUCCUUUUUCCAAUCAAAAAGAUUACACUGUCAACUCAGUCUAAAUGGUCAAUACAGGGAUUUAUAUUCUCAGAAGAUAUUAGUAAAAUGAGAGAUUUCUUGCUAUAUUUGACCACAUCAAUUUGCUAUAUGUAUGACACCUUUCAAACUUUUUAUUGUAUGGUGUAGGUGUAAGGAGUUAAUCAUUGUGGAAAGAGAUUACUGUACUAAUAUCUUUUGUUAACAGAAUGCAUCAUAAUAUAUAUGAUACAUAUUAUGAAAGAAUAUGAUUUAACUGCAUAAAUGGCAUCUUUCCUUCUUAGAAUAAAUGUCAAGUUAAGAUGACAUAAAAUGGGAGUAUGUUAUUUUGCAUAAUCACAUUAUGCUUGGAUACAUCUUUGGUUAAAAUGAAAGGGAAAAAAUUCUCUAUUAUUUCUGUAUUUUUACAUUUGCCUGUGGGUAAGGAUAGCAGUAAAACCAUAUUACAAAAGAAAUUAUAAAAAAUAGUACUUGAUAUAUUAAAAUGAUUGAAAAUAAAUAAUAAU